ACAAGCUGGUUGAAACUUUUUAAUGGUCACCUAUUGGUGCACACAUCAAGAAGAAGAAGAAAAAACAUCGUUUCUUGAAUAUGCAUCAAACAAAAACUCUUCAAAUAGUAGUGCUUGGGAUCCUUUUACUAGGACAGUGUCUUUCGUGGGAAUCUAUUUCCAACAGUUCUAGAACGGAGAUUCCAUCGAUACAAACAACUUUAAGCCUUGUGGAUGAUAGUAGUACUACAAAUGUAUUAUCCCGACGAAAACGAUACGUAGUUUUCCCGGAAGGAUCAAGUUUUUCGGUAGCCGUAUGCAUGACAAUUGGUGUUUACGGUAAUCCAAACUAUUCAAUGUUCAGUUGGGCUUUGAACUGGGGCAUCGCGUACAAUUUGCCCAACCAAACGAUGAGUUUCGAGAAUGAAAUGAUGGAACCCAAACCCAUGGCUCAACGAAGGCAUCGACGAGAUUUAUACUACAAACUGGAAGUGGCAAUGAAUGAUAUGGGCUACAACGGACGGGAAUGCGUGCUGCGAGCGUUGUGUGAAAGUUCGCAGUUCUUUGGUAAGAAAGGAUCCAACAUGGUUGCAGAAAUGUUACGAACAUUGUUUAGCUUUCCAAAGUCCAAAGUGUUGUCAUUUGAGCACAGUGAUACCAGAAUCUACGAUGAAGCCCACCGGAAGGGCAGAAACAAAGUGAUGUGCCAAUCUUUGUAUCCUACCUGUGCGUUCUCAUUGCUAGAGCUAGCGUUAGGAAAAUAUGCCAGUCCCUUCAGUUUCAUCAGUUUGACGAAAGUGUUAUCCCGGCGGAAGCGAUUCCUAGUUUUUCCCGAAGGAGCCAGUUUUUCGGUAGCGGCCUGCAUGUCAGUUGGUAUUUACGGCAAUCCGAACUAUAACAUGUUCAGUUGGGCAGUAAAUUGGGGCAUUGCGUAUAAUUUGCCCAACAACACGAUAAGCUUUCAUAUGGACUCGGCGGAACCCAAAGCUCCAGCUCAGCGAAGGCAUCGACGUGAAUUAUACUACAAACUGGAAGUGGCAAUGAAAGACAUGGGCUACAAUGGUCGAGAAUGCGUGCUGCGAGCGCUGUGUGAGAGUUCGCAGUUCUUUGGUAAGAAAGGAUCCAACAUGGCGUCGGAAAUGUUACGAACAUUGUUUAGCUUUCCAAAGUCCAAAGUGUUGUCGUUUGAGCACAGUGAUACCAGAAUCUACGAUGAAGCGCACCGGAAGGGCAGAAAUCAUAUUAUGUGCCAGUCACUAUAUCCUACCUGUGAGUUCUCGUUAUUGGAAUUGGCAUUGGGAAAGUAUAGCAGUCCUUAUAAUUUUAUGUGA